AUAUUUUUUUUAAUAUAUAGGUACAUAAAAGAAAUUAGUCUCAAUAAUGGCGUUUAGUUUAAGCACUGAAUUUGAAGCUAUCAGACAUGAUAUAAGUACAUUGUUUUCGAAGUUUUGUGAAAAGCAAAGUGUACGUUUUGAAGAUUUUAGUCAAACAUGGCGCUCAAUAAACUUUACAUAUGUAAUGGUUUCUGCGACUCGAGGUACUAAUGGUGCUCGUAUGCGUAUAUGUGAACGAAUAUUUCGUGCAGCCAGUGAAUAUCUCUCAACAAAUUCAGUAUUUUUAUAUCGGGUUGCUGCAGUUUAUUUAUUGUAUGCAGUUUAUUUUAAACAAUUUUCAGAUAAAAAGGUUUUUAUAAGAGUAACUCCAAAAAUGUUGAAAGAUAUGAUUGAUUUUUUUAAAAUAUCAAUAGAGCACGAACACUAUGAUGUAGCAUUUGUGAUCAAAAAGUUAUUUGAUGCUAAAGCUUUUAUUAUUGUAGCAUUUCCAAAACAACUUAUGUUUGGUCGACUUGAAUUUAUGAUGGGUGUUCAAAGUGAAAACACACCUAAAGUCUCCUUUGAAAUUGAUCCAUAUAUCAAAUCUAUAUCUGAUGGCAAAUUUAUUGAGUUAAUUUCAAGUAUACAUAAUGAAUAUGAAGAAGUAAAAGCUAAGUUGUUAAGCGCAUCUAAAAAACAAGAUGAAAUAAAUGCUCUUUCAAAGCGAUUGUCUUACUGCAAUUCUGAUUUUCCAAAAGACUUUAAAAAUCUGCUCACUAAUAGAGAAUCACUAGAAUCAUUAACAGUUUGCAAAUCUGAUACUUUAGAAACUGUUCAGAGGCCAAGUUUGACUCCUUUGAAUGAACUAAUUUUAUUACAAGCAGACAGCUCAAAAGUUGUAGGUGAGCAACUUCCUGAAAGAGCAAGCAUUCUUGCUAAAAUCAAAGAAAGGUCAUGGAAAAAUGAUGCUAGAAAUAAAAAAUUAAACAGCCAACUAUGCGACACAGAAGAAGAAACAGAAACUUCUGAUUUAUUCUAUAAAAAAAGUGCAAUGGUCAAGGUGUAUAAAAGAAAUAUUCCUAGAAAGCAUGGUUCUGGUCUUAAGUAUAGAAAACCUCUUAAAAAGUAAAAUUGAAGUACAAAAAAUCUUUUGUUUUUUUUUAAGUUUCAAAUUAAUUAUUUUGUUUCAUUUAAAUAAUUUUUGUCUUCUAACAAAUCUCUUAGUUAACACCUUAAAACUAAAUUUUGUUUUUUUAAUUUUUAGCAUCAAAAAUCAAAUUUGCUAAAUUAAAAUAUGAUUUAUGUAUCAAUUAUUGCAUAGUUUGAAUUUUUACAAAGUUAACCAUAUUUAACAGAUUUUUUUAGUUGCUCUUUGUUAAAUAUGAUAUUUAUAUUUCCAACCUCGGAAUUAGGGUCGGCAUUCGGCAAUGCCGACUUAACUGCCAACCUAGAUGUGUUUGAGGUUGGCUGAGAUUUGCCGACCUUGUUUCUGUGUUUUAUGGUGUCCCCUUUGAGUCAAAUUUUUUUUUUGCCGACCUCUAACAGUUUGAGGUUGGCAAUUUAUUGCCGACCUUAUUUUUUCAAAUUCCAAGGGUUGAUAUUUCUGAGCAGUCUAUUUGUAAAACAAGCUUUUGUUUUCUAUGAUGUGAUGGCAUUUUAAUUUCUUA